AUGGAUUACACACCUGAGCCCAAUUUGACAACAGUAACUGACUUCUACUAUCCUGAUAUCUACUCGAGCCCCUGCGAUGGGGAGGGGAGAGACAGCAAGCUGCUUCUUGCCGUCUUCUACUGCAUCCUGUUUGUAUUUGGUCUUCUGGGCAACAGCCUGGUCAUCCUAGUCAUUGUCGCCUGCAAGAAACUGAGGAGCAUCACGGACGUAUACCUCUUGAACCUGGCCCUGUCUGACCUGCUUUUUGUCUUCUCCUUCCCCUUUCAGACCCACUAUCAGCUGGACCAGUGGGUAUUUGGGACCAUCAUGUGCAAGGUGGUCUCUGGUUUUUAUUACAUCAGCUUCUUCAGCAGCAUGUUCUUUAUAACCCUCAUGAGUGUGGACAGGUACCUGGCAGUUGUCCAUGCUGUGUAUGCCUUGAAAGUGAGGACGAUCCGCAUGGGCACAGCCCUGAGUCUGGUGGUGUGGCUAACUGCCCUCGUGGCCACUAGCCCGUUACUAGUAUUUUACCAAGUGGCCUCCGAAAAUGGCAUCCUACAGUGUUACACGUAUUACAAUCAGCAGACGCUGAAGUGGAAGAUCUUCAUCCACUUUGAAGUGAAUAUCUUAGGCCUGCUGAUCCCGUUCAGCAUCCUGAUGUUCUGCUAUAUCAACAUCCUGCACCAGCUGAAGGGCUGCCAGAACCACAACAAGACCAAGGCCAUCAAGCUCGUGCUCAUAGUGGUGGUUGCCUCCCUACUCUUCUGGGUCCCUUUCAACAUGGUCCUCUUCCUCACUUCCCUGCAUGACAUGCACGUCUUGGAUGGAUGUGUCAUGAACCAGCAGCUGAUCUACGCCACGCAUGUCACAGAAACCAUUUCCUUCACCCACUGCUGUGUGAACCCUAUUAUCUAUGCGUUCAUGGGUGAGAAGUUCAAGAAACACUUAUCAGAACUAUUUCGGAAAAGUUGCAGCCACAUCUUCAUCUACGUAGGGAGACAGGUCUCUAGGGAGGCCUUGGAAAAAUCAUCCUCGAAUCAGCACUCCACUCGCUCCUCCACCAUAGACUACAUUCUGUGA